UUCAACAGGAUUCACUAUUCUGAUCGUUAUUCGGAUGACGAAUUCGAGUACCGGCAUGUUAUCCUGCCCAAACAACUGCUCAAGAUGGUUCCGAAGGAGUACUUCAACCAAGAUGACACGGGUACGCUGCGUCUGCUGACAGAACAGGAGUGGAGGGGGAUUGGAAUCACUCAAAGUCUGGGAUGGGAACAUUACGAAGUGCAUGCGCCUGAACCCCAUGUACUACUCUUUCGGCGAGCCAAAGAUUUCAUGCCACCAGCUCAGCCAACUGCGAGGUUCAAGGAUGGGACAAGACGGAAGUGA